CAUGGCCACUUUGAAAAAUAUUUAUUUUGUUUAAAAUGUCGAAUUUUUUUGUCUUUUGAAGACUGAACCCAUGUUUUAUUCUGUAUUUAUUCUGCUCUCAGUGUCAAUAUUAUUAGAUUAUUGCAUUGUGCCUGUAGGUGGUGUAUUUCACAGCCACAUUUCCUUAUGUGAUGCUACUGGUGUUGCUGAUUCGUGGGUUGACUCUUCCUGGAGCUCUGCAGGGGGUUGUGUUUUACUUGUACCCUGAAACGGCCCGUCUCGCUGACCCACAGGUCUAUUUUCAUGACACCUGCAAUGACAAUGACAAUAACAACUGCAAAGUCUCAACAAUACAGUUUUCAUUGCAGAAAAGUCACCAUUUAAACAUAACUACUUAGUACAAUAUAACUGUCUGUACAAGAAUGAUGUUUAUACCAACAGUUAAAAGAAUGUUUUUCUAUAAGUAAGAGAACAUACUAAAGCCACUUUGUUUGUUUAGGUUUGGAUGGAGGCAGGAACUCAGAUCUUUUUCUCUUAUAGUUUGUGUUGUGGCACUCUCGUUGCACUAGGUAGUUAUAAUCAAUACAACAACAACUGCUACAGGGACUGCUGGUGGCUUUGCCUUCUAAACAGUAGCACCAGUUUUGUGGCUGGCUUUGCUGUGUUCUCUGUUUUGGGCUUCAUGGCCCAAGAGCAGGGCGUCCCCAUUGAAGAGGUGGCAGAAUCAGGUCCAGGACUAGCGUUCAUAGCUUAUCCUCAGGCAGUAGCUAUGAUGCCUUUCCCUCAGUUGUGGGCUGUUUGUUUCUUUGUCAUGAUUAUUUUGCUGGGACUAGAUUCACAGUUCGUUGGAAUUGAGUCUGUAAUUACAUCAGUGAUGGACUUGUUCCCCGUGGUGCUGCGCAGAGCCGGUCGCCGAGAAAUUUUCCUCCUGAUCUUCUGUCUCACUUGCUUCUUCGGAGAACUCAUCAUAGUUACAGAGGGGGGGAUGUAUGUAUUCCAGUUGUUUGACUACUAUGCCUGUAAUGGAGCCUGUGUUCUGUUCCUGUCUGUGUUUGAGUCUCUGGCCAUGGGUUGGAUAUUUGGGGCUGAGAAAAUGUUUGACAUCGUUGAAGACAUGACAAAGUCACGACCCAAUUACAUAUUCAUGCUUUGCUGGAAAUACCUCACUCCACUCAUUUGCCUGGUGUCUUUCAUCUAUUCUAUUGUGGAGUACCAGCCCCUGACUUUUAACCGCUGGUAUGUGUACCCGGACUGGGCGUAUGCACUAGGCUGGUUACUGGCCCUGUCUUCCAUUCUGCUGGUGCCUGGAUGGGCGCUGAGCCAAAUGUUUGUUCGGAAAGGAAGUCUGAAACAGCGUUGGCACCACUUGUGUAGUCCUGACACAAACCUCCCUCUCACCUAUAAGCAACAAGCUGAAAUACAGGAAAACACUUUCACCACAGAGAUGGAAGACUUAGUCAGGAGCAACACAAACUAAAACUUUACAUAAUGAAAAGC